GUGGCGCUGCCCGCCCGCGCCGUCCGUGCUCGGAGCGCGGCGGCGGCGGCGGCAGCAGCGGGAGCCCCCGGCGAUGCCCGCGCUGCUCCCGCCGCUGGCCGCCCCCUGAAGACACCCCUCUCUAUUGCCUCCCUUCUCCAGCGACCUCAGGCUCUGCGCCCCCUUUUCCCCCUUCCUUCCUUCCCCCUUCCCUUUAUUCCCUCCCCCCCCUCCCUUCCCAGCCUCUUUAUCCUCCUUUCCUUGAGACCCUCCGCACCCGCCCGGCUGCCGUGUGGAUGCGGGCCGGGGUGCCUGGCUGCGCGGGCGGCGAGAGCCGAUGCUGAGGGGCCGGAGGAGGAUGGAGUGCACCCUCGAUGCGCAGAGUUUGAUCAGUAUUUCCCUGCGGAAGAUCCACAGCUCCCGCACGCAGCGAGGCGGCAUCAAGCUCCACAAGAACCUGCUCGUCUCCUAUGUGCUCCGCAACGCCCGGCAGCUCUACCUGAGCGAGCGCUACGCCGAGCUCUACCGCCGCCAGCAGCAGCACUACCCCGACGGCGCCCCGCUCCUCGCCAUGCCCGCCUGCCCGCCGCCCGCCGCCGCCGCCCCGCCGGAGCUGGCGGCGCUCCCGCUGCCCGCCGACACGCAGGACCGCGAGGCGCGGAGCUGCGGGGCUGCGCGGGGCGGCGCGGAGCUGCUGGAGGUGCCGGUGUGCGCGGCGCCCCCGGAGCUGCAGAGAGCGCCCUGCAGAGACUCGUCCCCGGGCUUCUACCGGGCCCCCGGCAGCGCCGGUCCCGGUGGCGGAGGCGCGGCCCCGGGGCUGCUCUACGCCGCCGGCUGUGACUUCGGGAGCGGCGGGGCCCCGCACUGUAGCAGCCGCACCACGGUGCUGGAUUUGGACACUCACGUCGUGACCACGGUGGAGAACGGGUACUUGCACCAGGACUGCUGCUCGCAGUGCCCCUGCUGCUGCCAGCCGGCACCGGGGCUCGCCUCCCCGCCGCCCGCGCCCGGCACCAAGCGCAAGUAUUACCCGGGGCAGGAGGAGGAAGAGGAGGGGGUGGAGGAAGGGGAGCCGGGGGGAGGCGGGGUGGCGGGCGGCCCCCCCUUCGCCCCGUGCACCAAACGCGCCCGCUUCGAGGAGUACAGCGCCGAGCACCCCCAGGACUCUUCCAACAUCUCCAACUUGAUCUCCAUCUUCGGCUCCGGUUUCACGGGGCUGGUGAGCCGGCAGCAGGCGGACUCGGAGCAGCCCCUCAACGGGCAGCUGUGCAGCAAGCAGGCGCUGGCGAGCCUGGGAGCCUGGACUCGGGCCAUCGUCGCGUUUUAGAGAGGAGCGGAGGAGCAGAGGGGGCGGGGGGGGUCUUGGCAAAACGGGGUUGCGAUCCGAGGAACGGCGGCUCCGGAGGGGGGACCCUGAAACAAAGGCGGGGAGGGGGGUUGGGGCGAAGGGAGGGGGGGGUGGGGGGUGUCGAGGGGUGCGCAGGGGAGGCGGGAGGGCAGAGCCACGCUAGUGUUUUAUAAAUUGUACAAUAAAGAAAAAAAAAUCUAAGAUCUUGGGACUCUAUUUUUGCAGAGAUGAGAGAAAAAAAAAAAACAACAAACAAACAAAACAAAAAAAAAAAAAGCCAAGCAAACAAACGAAAACAAAACAAAAAACAACAGCGAAGCACCUAUUUAAAUAAUCCUCUUUGUGUCCGCUCGGGUUCUCUUCGCGGCGGGUUUCCCGGGGCCGGUGCUGGCGGCCGGUAGAGCCACGUGAGAGCCGGUACCGGCCCCGGGACCCUGCGGCGGGAGCGCCCCCGGCCCCGCUCCCCGCCCCGGGCCGCCCCGCGGGUCCCGCCGCCCCCGGCCCGGCGGGUUUCGGGGUGCGGGCAGGGGAAAGCAGCCGCUGCCCCUUCGCUUUUGUGCGUUUCUUCAUCUAUUUAAAAGAAAGGAAGGGCGGAAAAAAAAAAAAAAGGCAGAAAUGAAAACAUUUCAACUUUCCUCCCAGAAGAAACGUGUGCGAUGUGACUUCUUCCCACCGCUUGUGCCAGGGGAGCGCUGGAGGGUUCCGAGAGCUGAAUUUUGGGAGGGGGUGGGAAGGGGGUAAAGCAAAAGCCGGGGGUCCCUCCGGGCUGUGCCCCGCCGGGGAGGGGGCGAGUCGCCCCCGACAGCCCCGAGUCUCCGCCUCGGUGUGUGCUUGUGAUGCCGCAGGUAACACGACUCACGUCUCCGGUGUGUGUGUCGGGUCUGACUCUUUCUUUUUUUUUUUUUCCCUUCUUCUAUUUUUUUUCUUAAGUUCAACUGUUCUGGUUUCAGCCUUCCCAAUCAUAAAACCAGCAUUGUUUGGUCUUGUGAAGAAAUCUGUCUCCUGUAGAGUCUCCUGUUCUUUUUACAUUAUUUUUUUUAAAGAAAAACCUUUUGUUGUAAAAAGGUGGGUUUUCUGGUCGUCGUCCCCUCCUCUUUUUUUUUUUUGCCCACUCCCAACUUCACGGUAUCAGCACUGUGUGUAACUGAGGAUGCUUUGCCAAACGAUCUGUUGGGGUCUUUUUUUUUUUUUCCUCCUCUUUUUCUUUGUUUGUAAGCCUGUAUUUUUGUGCAUAUGGAAUUGUAUAUCACCGGGUAAAACUGUUCAGAUUUGUUUAAAUUUAUAAUCUUAAUAAAAAGUCGAUUAUAAA